GUGCUAGCAAUUUAAAAAAUAUUGAAGAAGUUGGGAUCCAGCGCUAUGGUCACUUAUGGCAUGUGGACGAGCCUAUAGAUAUUACGGAGUUAUCCGAAAUGAUUCAUAUGUCCUAGAGGAACUACUUCAGAUUUGAAGCUUCGCGGCUAGAGAGACGAUGGCAUUGGGAAGAAGUGAUGUGCUCAUUCCUGGGUAUAACAAAUAUCUGGUGGCCCGCUCAAUUUAUUCUGAACCAGCCUUCAAGGAGGUCAACAAGAAGGAAGAACAUGACCAGAGAUAUUUUAGAAAGAGGGUGAAAGAAAAUCUAAGCUGCACAUCCAGAAAAGCUCUUCUGGCAGUAAAGUCCCUUUUCCCAGUACUGGACUGGUUGCCUAAAUACAAGUGGAAAGAAUUGUUGAUACAUGACACCAUCUCAGGAAUCAGUACUGGAUUUGUUGGUACAUUGCAAGGCUUGGCAUAUGCAUUGCUUUCUUCAGUUCCAGUUGUAUUUGGUCUUUAUUCAGCUUUCUUUCCAAUUCUGACAUAUUUCUUUCUGGGGACAUCCAGACACAUUGCUGUUGGACCAUUUCCCAUAAUUAGUUUGAUGGUAGGAACAGUUGUAGUAAACAUUGCUCCAGAUGAAAAGUUUAUAAUUGCCAACUCUACGGGAUUAAAUGGAACAGUGAUAGACACCGACGCCAGAGACGCAGCCAGAGUCCUUGUUGCGGGAACACUCAGCUUCUUAAUUGGAAUCAUACAGUUGGUACUCGGAGCUCUUCAGUUCGGAUUCAUCGUCAGGUACCUGGCUGAUCCGUUAGUUCGAGGUUUUACUACGGCUGCUGCUUUCCAUGUUGUGGUAUCACAGAUAAAGUUCCUGUUUAAUGUUCCCACAAAAAGUCAUGUUGGAGUGUUUAGCAUUAUAUAUACACUGAAUGAGGUUUGUUCCCACAUUUCAAAGACAAAUGUUGCUGAUCUCACAGCUGGGCUUAUAGCAUUGGCCAUAUGUUUGACAGUGAAAGAAUUAAAUGAACGAUGCAAGCAUAUUCUACGUAUUCCUGUUCCUAUAGAAUUGAUAGUGGCUAUAGUAGCUACUGGAAUUUCCUAUGGGGCAAAUCUGGAGGAAACUUAUAAUGCAAACAUUGUAAAGAACAUUCCCAGUGGGUUCACUCCACCAAUGGCUCCUGACUGGAGCAUGUUUCCACAGAUUCUUGGUUCAGCUUUUUCCAUUGGAAUAGUAGCAUAUGCCAUAGUUGUGUCUGUGGGAAAAGCAUAUGCAACAAAAUAUAACUAUGAGAUUGAUGGAAACCAGGAAUUAAUCGCAUUUGGAAUCACUAAUUUGUUCAGUGGAGCUUUUUCUUGCACGUGUGCCACCACGGCUCUAUCCCGUAGUGCUGUCCAAGAAAGUACUGGUGGGAAAACCCAGGUUGCUGGUAUGAUUUCCGCUGCAGUUGUUAUGAUUGCCAUGCUGUCAGUUGGCAGGUUCUUUGAACCCCUUCAGAAGUCAGUGCUGGCAGCCAUUGUUAUAGCAAAUGUUAAGGGAAUGUGUUGGCAAGUGCAGGAAGUUCCCGGCUUGUGGAGAAAGAACAAGUGGGACUGUAUCAUCUGGAUUUUCUCAUGUACAGCAUCCUUCUUCUUAGAUAUUGAUUUGGGACUGCUUAUAAGUUUAGUGUUCAGCUUAUUCACAGUGCUCUUACGUGUCCAGUUUCCAUCUUGCAGCACUCUUGGAAAUGUUCCUGGCACAGAUCUGUAUAAAGAUCCACAGAAGUACAAAAAUGCUAUUGAACCAGGAGAAAUUAAAAUUAUUCGCUUUUCCAGCUGUAUUUUCUAUGGCAAUGUUGAUAGUUUGAAAAAUGGAAUCAAAUCAAUAGUUGGAUUUGAUGCAGUCAGAGUAUUUAACAAGAGAAACAAAGCAGAGCGGAAGAUACGAAAACUUAUGAACCAAAGACAGUUAACAGCAACAAUGAAUGGAGUUGCUGCUGAUACUGCUAUUGACAGUGAUGAAGAUAAUUAUGAGCCACAUAAGGCUCUGAAUGUUCAAGAAGUCACAAUAAAACAAGAACUGCACACAAAUGAAGUGAAGAUCCAGAUAGACUGGAACUCAGACUUACCAGUCAACGUGUCUGUUCCUAAAGUCAAUAUACACAGCAUCAUCUUUGACUUUGGUCAAAUAACAUUUGUUGAUAUAGUAGCAGUGGAAGCCCUCAAAAUGAUAUACAAACAAUUCCAUAGGAUUGAUGUAGAUGUGUAUAUCGCAGGAUGUGAUGACAAUGUUUAUGAAAAAUUGGAAGACUGUGCAUUUUUUGAUGAUAUUAUCAAGCCAGACAUAUGUUUUCUAACUAUUCACGAUGCUGUGCUGCAUAUAGAGGACCAGAGAGGACUCAGCACUGGCCAUGAUCUGCUGGAUGUGGAAUAAAGGGAUGCAACACCAACAUUGCAGAGGGGAUUUGCAUACCCCAUCAAGGGACAGUGAACUCUUCUCAAUUUUAAGAUUAAAACUUUUUAAUGACCAUUGUUGGAAGCCUGAAAUAAUUUGGACAUGCAACCACACAAGACAUCUAUUUUCUACCUCCAUACUUCAUCCUUUUUCCUGUUGUAUACCAAAAAGACAAAUACUAUAUACAUAUUGAUAGUAAUAUUUAAAUGAAGAUAUUUUUUGAUGUGCUGUAAGGGUGAUUGAGUAUUGUUGUUCUACAGAAAAUAUUUAUGAAAUGUUGUUUUGCAAUUAUAUAUACGCUCAGAGUAUUAUUAAUUCCCAAUAAUGUUGACUUAAGCAGAAGUUUUACUUAACAGUUGCAUUGGGUAUUACAGUAUGCUGUAUAUAAACAAUAUAAAAUAGUUUUAAGUUGAUUUUAAUAACAUAUAUGUUUUUAAACAAUUUUAAUUUAGUUAUCCUAUCAACCAGCAAUGAAGGUAUUAUUUAAUAAUGAAUUCUGUGCAUUGUGUCUACAUUAUUUAUUGAACAUUGUUUUAUUUCAUAGGUUAGUGCCAAGCAGGUACCUUGAGCCACUUAAUACGUAAUGAUAUAAGAAUACAUCAUUCUAAUUAGAACACAUAGUAACAGUGCCUAUCAUAUGAAUGAUUUUAUACAGCAUCAAUAUGUGGACUUAGCACUUUACACUAGAGAAUAACUGCAAUCUCCAUGGGUAUAACCUAGGAACCUGAUAGCACUAAUGUUGCCAUUUAUA